AAGCUUUCCCACGUCCGUUCGUUGUAAACAAGAUGUUAAAAGCGAACCCGAUGGUUUCCUGCGCCGCGUCGAACGAAACGCAUUCAACAGGCUAGUGCCGCAGCGAUUCGGGUUUCGCGAUGUUAUCGUGGCACAGAGUAGCGCCGUCGCCGCGUGUCGAAUUCCGGACGAACCGUCAUUAUCGGUUACGUUCUGUGCGAGCAAAUUGAAAAUUGGGUGUCAUUGUUACGACGAUAAAGGGCCCCGAGCUAUUUAAACAAUGCCCGGCAGUGUCGGCCGUCGCGAUUUUAGUGAACGAUCCGCGUAAGAUCGAGUGCUCGCGCCCCCCCGCGCCCGCCGCCGGCCCGCGACCGUUUCGAGUGUCGGGUACUCGAAAAACGAAAAAAAAUCAAGUGGGCACCGAAAACGCGAGUGCACUUCCGCGUUUCCGAACCGGAUUUAUCCGAAAACCGUCUGCGUGGAAACAUUUUUCGGUAAAUAAAACAUGCCUGUUUUUUUUAUCGCGAAUGCAAAUAAUAAAAGUUAUAAAUAGACACGGUUCGUAAGUGUUAAGAUCACGUGAAUGCAAACGAUAAUAUAUUUCCUAUUAACAUCGUCGCGAGGCGGCACGCAACGAUCGUAAUAAUAAUAAGCAAAAUAAUAAUAAUAAUAAUAAAAGUAGCGAGGACUUUGAGAUUCGGCGGCGGCGGAGGCAGCGACCACGAUCGGAAUUUUUAACUUAUGGUCGACUUGCGGAUACGUUGAGGGAGGAGCCCGGCCAUGAACAUCGGCCUGGCUUCUCUGCUGGUUACGUUGCUGCUCCAGAGUCCGGUGUACAAUCCGCAAGCGCUCCGGGCGGACGCUCCCCGACCACAGCUCAUUUCCGACCGCCUCCACAGGUCCACCACCUACGGGCCCUUCGAAGACGCCACGUUCGCCCCAUUGGCCGACAAUCAGCUCGAGAUCGGUGAUGGGAGAGACGAUGGGCUCGUGUUGUCUUCCUCGGUGUCUUCGGCUGAUCUCGGGGCUAAUUUGACGGUAGGCGAUCUGAAGAAGGAGCGGCCACGGGGCAAGACCAAGCUGGUGUUGGGCUACUUGACCGCAGUCAAGGGGGAGUUGAAAGAGAGGCAGGGCCUGUCGAUAUCUGGGGCGAUUUCCAUGGCGAUAGACGAGAUAAAUAACGACACGUCUAUACUGCCCGACGUGACGUUGGAGCUGAAAUGGAACGACACCAGGGGCGACACCGUCGUCGCCACGAAAAUAAUGACGGACAUGAUGUGCGAGGGCGUGGCCGCGUUCUUCGGACCGGAAGGUUCGUGCCACGUCGAGGCCAUAGUGUCACAGGCCAGGAACAUUCCGAUGAUCAGUUACAAAUGCUCCGAUUACAAGGCGUCGAAGGUGCCGACGUUUGCACGGACCGAACCUCCGGACACUCAGGUGACCAAGUCGAUAGUGUCUCUGUUGGACUACUACAAUUGGCACAAGUUCUCGAUUAUUUACGAGGAGGGAUGGGAGACGGUCGCCCAUUCGCUGGAGAAACAGGCCGCUGACAGGAACAUGUCGGUGCAGCACAAAAACUUCGCGAUGGACAAGCACAAAUGCUGCGAGCAAGGGUUCCAGUGCUGUUGGACCGGGUUCUGGUACGAGUUCAUUCAGAGCACCAAGAAUAAGACCAGGAUUUACGUGUUCCUCGGCACCGCUAUCUCGCUGGUCGACUUCAUGGACACGAUGCAGAGGGCGCAGCUGUUCGCCAACGGCGACUACAUCGUCAUCUACGUCGACAUGAACACGUAUCUCGAGAAGGAGGUCCACAAGUACAUAUUCCGUUUCGACGAUCUCGAGAAGCAUUGGGGCUGCAAGAACCUCUCAGACUACGACAAUUUCGUCAAACGCGUCAAGUCGUUGUUCGUGGUGGUUUUGACCGCGCCGACGGAGAACUACAAGAAUUUUUCGGAAAUGGUGCGGCAGUACAACGAGCGGCCCCCGUUCGAUUUCGAGACCCAUUUCCUGAGCAGGUACUUCGAAAAAUUCGUCUCGAUCUACGCCGCGUACCUCUACGACUCGGUCAAGCUGUACGCGUCCGCGUUGCACCAUCUGCUGGCCAAAGAGGGUACCGUCGACGACAAGGUGAUCAGGGAGGUGUCCGGCAACGGUACGAAGAUCAUCGAGACGAUCAUCGAAAUCAACCAGACGUAUAAGAGUAUCACCGGGGCCGUCAUGAAGCUGGACAAAAAUGGCGACUCGGAAGGGAACUUUUCGGUAUUGGCUUUCCGGCCCGUCAGCCAGGAGAUUUAUCUGGGGGGCAACAAUUUUAGCUGCGACUUUCGCCUGGGGCCGGUGGGCCAGUUUUUUCAAUCGGACGAGUCCCCCUAUCCGCAAUAUAAGGUAAACCUGAACAAGCCGAUCAUGUGGGUGGGACGAGACAGGCCUAACGACGAGCCCAGUUGCGGUUUCGACAACAAAUUGUGCCCCAAAUCGGACACGCACCGCGACAGCAUCGUCGUAGCGGGCGUCCUCGCUGUCGUGCUAUUCUGCGCAAGCGUCAUCACGAUGAGCAUAUACCGCAAGUGGAAGAUCGAACAGGAGAUCGAGGGUCUGCUGUGGAAGAUCGAUCGCGACGACAUCCACAGCUACUUCGAGAAGGACAACCUGAUCGCCAGCCCGAGUCGGCUGAGCCUGGCGAGCGCCAGCGUCAACUCGUACGAGUCGAGGGGCGGGCAGCAGGUGUUCGCGACUACUGCGCAGUACCGCGGUCUCCUGGUGCGCAUCCGCGAGCUCAGGUUCUCCCGGAAGAAGGACAUCUCUCGGGAAGUGAUGAAAGAGAUGCGGCUGCUGCGCGAACUACGUCAUGACAACGUCAACUCGUUUGUAGGCGCUUGCGUGUUGCCCACCUCACUGCUCCUGGUCACAGAUUACUGCGCCAAAGGGAGUUUAUACGAUAUCAUAGAGAACGAGGACAUUAAGCUGGACAAGAUGUUUAUAGCGUCUCUGGUACACGAUCUCAUUAAAGGUAUGUUGUAUCUGCACAAUUCUCUGCUCGGGUGUCACGGCAACCUGAAGUCGUCGAACUGCGUCGUGACCAGUCGGUGGGUGCUCCAGGUUGCAGAUUUCGGUCUCGCCGAGAUGCGACACUGCGCGGAGAACGACAGUAUCGGCGAACACCAGUACUAUCGCAGUAAGUACGAUUGGUUUCGGACCCCGCCCCCCGUCCGCGUCGCGAAUCAGCAAACUUCUGUCGCAGGUUUGUUCUGGAAAGCCCCGGAAAUACUCCGGAAUCCCAGUCUCUACGUCAAGGGCACCCAGAAGGGGGAUGUGUACGCGUUCGCCAUCAUCCUCUUCGAGCUGCUGGGCAGGAAAGGGCCGUUUGGCAUCACCGGGUACGAACCUAUAGAAAUCAUCGAGCUAGUUAAAAGGGUACCGUCGCAGGGCGAGGAACCCUUCAGACCCGACGUGGAUAUAUUCCUGGACGCGGAAAUCGCGUACGACGAGUACAUCGUCCAAGUGAUGAAAGAGUGCUGGUCCGAGUGUCCGGAUCAGAGGCCCGAUUUCGUCGCGAUCCGGGCAAAGCUCAAACGGAUGAAGGGCGGCAAAAGCAAGAACAUCAUGGAUCAGAUGAUGGACAUGAUGGUGACGUACGCGAAUAACUUGGAGGACUUGGUCAACGAGAGGACGAGACUGUUGUACGAAGAGAAGAACAAAACGGAGGACCUUCUCCAUCGGAUGUUGCCCAAGCCAGUGGCGGAGAGACUGACCAAGGGCUACGGCAUCGAGCCGGAGUCCUUCGACCUGGUGACGAUCUAUUUCAGCGACAUCGUCGGCUUUACUGCCAUGUCGGCGGAGAGCACGCCGCUGCAGGUGGUCAACUUUUUGAACGACCUUUAUACCGUUUUCGAUCGGAUCAUCAAGGGUUACGAUGUCUACAAGGUGGAAACGAUAGGGGACGCUUACAUGGUGGUGUCGGGUCUGCCGAUUCGCAACGGCGAUCGGCACGCGGGAGAAAUCGCGUCGAUGGCGAUGGAACUGCUCGCGGCCGUCAAAAACCACACGAUACCGCACAGGCCCAAAGAGAGGCUUCAACUACGGAUCGGAAUCCACACCGGGCCGGUGGUUGCGGGAGUGGUGGGCCUGACGAUGCCCAGGUACUGUCUGUUCGGCGACACCGUAAACACCGCCUCCCGCAUGGAAAGCAACGGCGAACCCCUCAAAAUACACAUAAGUAUGCAGUGCAAGGACGCCCUCGAGAAAUUGGGCGGCUACGUCAUCCAGGAACGUGGGUUCGUCAGCAUGAAGGGCAAGGGGGACGUGCAAACGUACUGGCUGAUCGGCGUCACCGACGAGGCGAUCCAAAAGAGGGAAGUGGACCUGACCGAGUUGCCGCCCCUGUUCUGCAGGCCGCGGCGCAGCCCGAAACUCACCAACGAGUCGAGGCAGGCCUCGUUCUGCGGCGGUUUCAUGAUGGCCGCGGCGAAUCGAAGACAUUCCAGCGUGCCCAGGGGUGCCAGCGUAGACGUCGACAGCUCGUCGACGCUGGAACGCUACAGUCCUACCGUUCAUCGCAAUCUCCUGCGCGUCACCAAGCAGAGCCUCUACGUCCCUUCGUCCGAUUCCAAACUGACGUUAAACUCCGCCUUCGGGAGUCAAACGAUCGAGGCGCCGCCGGAGACGGCACCGGCUCCCGCGCCCCGCCACAAACGCGUCCUUUCCAGCAUCGCGUCGAGUUCGGAGGAACCGUGCAGGGGGGCGGGGCCGGUCGGUCUCGUCCGCGAAGCGAAAUCGCUGGACGCGUUGCCGCGACAGAACCGCCAAUUCGACCUGAUCGACUCGUUCCUGAGGGGCGGGCGACGCCGCUCCGCUAGGAGCCUCGAAAACUGCCACCGAUACCCCGGGGGCGGUAUUCAGAUCAUCGCCAUACCGACCGACAAGUUGGCCAAUAAUAACUUCCCCAACGGGAACCUCGCGAGCAUCGUCGACGAGGUGACCUUCCCGGAGGACGCGCAGGUGCCGCUUCUGAACCCGCAGAGGGCGCGCGACGCGCCCGCCGUAGUCGUCAGACGUAGGGGCGGGGCCGAACUAGACGACCCCGACACAGAGCGUCACAAGAGAUGGCACUCGUUGGAUCCGAUCCCGCAGGCCCGACGUCCGGCGCCGGACGGCGACGACAAAAAACUCAACUCGAAAAACACGUUUCGGAACUGGCUGAUCGGGCUCUUCAGCGGUAACGGCUUCAAGUCGAGCCGCACGUCGCUGAAAAAAAACGUGCUGGCCGACUACAACAACCUGAGCCUCAAAUCCGAGAAAGAAAGUAUAGUUUGAGCGUUCGCCGAUUCCCAGAUAACGAUUGUGAUAUUUUCCGCAAUUUUGUCGUUCCCGAUCGGGUGGAUUCUUUUUACAGCAUUGCUUGUAGUCGCGUAGGUUUUUUGACCGUCCCCCAUUUUUGUUUUUCCCCGUUGGCACUUUCCGAUCAUUGUUGUUGAAAAAAAACGCAAAUGAGCAAUUUUUACCGUACAAAAGCAGCCAGUUCUUAAUAUUUCUAACGCAUAAACGAAAUCAAAUGUAAAAUUAUUCUUCGGUAAAUAUCCGGUUGAGUUUUCACGAAAAGUUGUUUCGGUUUCAUAUAUACGUGAUAUAUAUUAAUUUUUCAAGAUAGUCAGUUUCCAAUGAAGCGAUUAUCUUUUUCUUAUAAAGUAAAAUGAUAACCCUACUUUGAUAAACAUAACCCUACUUUUAUUUCGGGUUUGGGAGGUUGUAAAUUAAGAAAAACUGGUGCUGGUUAUUCAUACUCUGCUUUUUGAAAUGCGCAAACCUAGCUUGCAUGUACAGCCGUAAAGAAAUAAUAUUUAUUGCACAAAACUAGAUUCGCGUAGGCGCAGAUUUUCUAUGGGGUUCGGGUCUGGACUAUAUGAGGGCCAUUCAAUUAGGUCGAGAAGAAGAAUGUUGAAAUUUCCAAAUCUACUAUUACAUCUUUUACCAUAUUCAAAAUUAUUUUUUCAGGAUCUUUUUACUGAGACACCAACCAAGCUUCCAACAAAUAUGGCUACUUUUAUUUACACAGGCUACAUAUUAUUCCUUCAAACUUCUCGGAUUUCAGUAAAAUUUUCUCCGUUUUUCAGAUUUUAAUCAUUCAUAUAUUUCAUAACUCAAUAUACGGGGGGUUUCUAAUUAGGCUGGAUCCGACGCAGGCGACGUUGUCACAUUUACGAUUUUUUCCGUAAACUACCAAAAUUUCUUAUUUUAAAUAGAAAGGGCAUGUUUUCGUUCUAUUCUUAAAAUUCUAAGUAUCGAAUGCCGUCAGUCGGUUUGAGCUUUUAUUAAAAUGUGCACCUUUUUUUUUUUUUUCAAUUAUUUUUAAACAGUUUUGAUUGUUUUGCCUAUCAAUUCGUCAAAAUCAUUAAUUAAAUUUUGGUGUUUUUGUUGAAUAAAACAUACCAUGGUACAUCAUGGCGUUUCACGGUUACCUUACGCUCAGAAUGAUUAAAUUUUAUUAGAAAAGCGCUUUUAUUUCGAAAACUUCAAUUUACCACUUGAGUAUAGAGCGCCGUGUACAUUUUCAAAAUUCGAAUUUAACCGAGUUUCCAAGAUCCUGAAAGAUCGAGGCCAAACCGUCAACCUUCUAAAUAAUCAACUAUAGAGAUAACCGAAAAACCGCCACUUUUCGAUACAACUGGCAACAGCGCAUGGGAUACAGUCAAAAACCUACGACGCCCGAUUUUUGGCAAGCGGCUAUAAACAAAGGAUCCGUUCGAUCGUUCCGCGUCAUUCUAGUCGUCCGAAAGGUCCGGUGAAGAAGAGGAAGAGGAAGCGCUAUAACCAUGCGACGAUUCGAGAGGCUGUGAAUAUUUAGGUAUUUUCGUCGGUUGGGGAGGGAGGGGGGGCUCGUUGCUCGAAAUUGUCUUUUAUUAUUAUUAUUAUUUUUUGUUAAUUCGAUUGUACAUAAUUCGCCUUAGUAUUUUGUUGAUUCCCCACCCCUGACCCCGCUCCCCCCUCCCCAAAGGAAAACUAUAUUUGUGUGUCUCACGUUGAGUGUCGCAUUAGAGCUACAAUACGGUUUUUCUUUUAAUUUGGUACGCGUGCCAAUUCAACUCGAAACAAACGACAACACUGGAAAUUCAAAUGUACACCGUGUGACAAAUAAAACGACCCACUAUACGAUCCAGAAACCCGUAGGAGAUACGAAAAAAGUUUCUUGGACUCUCCUGAAGAUUUAAAAUAUUAUAAUUUUGUUGAGUUUGUUAUUUUAAAUUGAACGCCCUGUAUAUAUCGAUAUUUUUGGAAUCCUCGGUUAAAAUAAAGGUCACUUUCUUACGAAAUUUCUUAUUCGAAUUUUGCAUAAUUGGGGCAGAAAUUGAGGUUAUGUGUUUUUUUUUUCAUAUUUUGAUUUCCCCAUAAAAAAUUGUGCUGUGAACGCUACUGAUGCAGGUAUUGCAAUGAAAAUUUAACCACAGACUAAGGAGAUGGUGCACUAUCGAAUCAGUUUGGCAGAUGCGCCUCAGCUUAUACAGAUAAAACCUAUUGCUAACAAUACAGGGUGUCCAUUAAUACGUGGAAAUUUUGAGAAAAAUUGACUCUACACUUUAAUAGAUUUAAUAAAACUUCAAAACUACAAAUAAAAUAUAUGCUAACAAAAAACAUGACGGCUAUGAACUAUUUAAAUAGAAAUAUUAACCAAAACUUUUUUCCUCUCUCCUAUAGGUUUUCAGAUCAUAUAGUGGGUCGUUUUAUUUGGCACACUGUGUACGUUAGUACGUUUUCUGGAUUUACGCACCAUUUUACCUAGCCAUUACAAAAUUUCACAGAGGUUAGCUGGGAUCAAUACGUGACCAGGUAGCGCACAGAUUUGAAAAUAUUUUCAAAUAUGCAGUGUUGCCGCUUCUAUUUAAACGUGGCAACAUCUUGCGCGGUUUCCUUGUUAUCUGUCGAAAUAAAAAAUAACUUCGGAAAUUUUGAAGCAAUUACCACCCUUGAACAAGUUUGAAAAGUUCUGCGGAACUUCUGGGAACAGGUUUUGGAUUAGGGUGGUUCCGGAAACACAGUUUAUUCAAUAACAAUUAAAAAUUGUUGUAACAUAGACAAAAUAAACUUCGUAAAACCUCAUUUUCAUUUAAUUUUGGGUUCUAAUAAAGUAUGACUUUCAAAACUUUGAAUUUGAAUGGGCCUGGUUGGAAGGAAAGAUUACCAAAAUUAAAUGAAAGUCGUCGAUCCCAUCGCUCGGGAUAUGGCGUUUCAUUUGAUUUUCCGCCGUUUUCCGUUUCAAAUUGAAUUGGUACGUAAAUAUUUAAAAAAAAGAGAACUUCAAACAGGUCACUCAACAUGAUUCACUUUGUAUACACAGGGCGUCUAUAAAAUGUGCGGACAAAACCAAGGAUUUCAGAAAAUACAGAUUGUUUAAUUUGAAAUGGUAACUUUUAUGUCAAAGAAUAUUCUAUUGCUUUGCGGUUAAAAAUUUGAUUUAUGAAAAAAAAAUCGAAUGGAAAUGUUAAAUUUGGGGAGGCGUUUUUGAGACGCCCUGUAUAUGGAUACAUAAGCGUGUGGGUGUGAAUGUGCGUUACAGAGUCUGUCAUCGACGAGAGGUUUCGACGUGCCAUCAACUUAUAUAUUAGUUUCCGUUUUAAAAAGAUUAUCCGCGUAUGUACAUAUAUAAAUGUUAUUUUAAAUAUUGUUUAAUAUA